UUUUUAAAACUUUCAUGAGCCUUUUGAACUUUAGUGGGACUAUUUUUUUCAACUAACUUUGCUCAGAAAUAAUGAUUAAUGAAAAACAAUAGAGUAAUGAAAGUUUUGAUACUUAAAAAAUAUUAGACAAACAUACAAAAACAUAAAAAUUAUUUAAAAAAACGUUCAAUCGAGAUUUGAAGUUGAUCGAGACUUAAUGUAUUUUCCGGACCAUAGGGCGCAUUAAAAGAGUCAUAUUAUUAUUUUUUUCUAAAUUGGAAAAUUUUCUUGUGUUCUACAUAAGAUGUAAUGGUGGUUCUUUAGUCAAAAUGUGGCAUAGAUUAUGUUUGACGGAUCAUAUUCAAGCCGCUUUCCGACAGUCGCUUCUGGAUGCACCGUUUAGUGGUCGGUCUUAUUUAAGUGGCUCACCUUUGGCAGCGUCUUCUCCCCGCCAUCUUUGUUGUAGCGGUGUAGCGUGCAAGGACGUGUGUGAAAGAAGUGUCAAAAGAUGGCGCUAACUGUUUUAAUGACAUUCAGACUUUACUUCAAUCAAUAACGGAGCAGCAUCUCCUCAUCCGGAAACAACAACAAAGGAAAUGUCUUGUGAAAAACCGUCCGACCGGAACUCUAAUAGCUAAAGUUCCUUGGGUGAAUAAUGUAAACUCACUACACCGGUAUGUUUUAGCACUUUCAUGGCGAGUUUACUGACAGAUAUAAGCAAGAACUUUACACUACUUUAUAUUAGAAAUGGCAACAGCGGAGGAUAAAUGUCCCAUAACAAGAAGAUAAGAGGAAAAAGAAGACGCUUAUCAACCUGUGGACGCACACAAUUUUUCAGGACUUCUACAGAUCCAAAAUGCAGAUCAGCAGGUACCAGAAGAUAGAGACCUGAAGUGGUGGCCGUCCACCCUCGUGGAGAAGACGAGUCCCUUCGUGAUGGUGGAUGGGCAGAGGCGGAGCCUGGCAGAGGCGCUGCAGGCCGGUCACCCAGAGCGACUGCAGUGUGGCUUGGAAGUCCGAGGUCAGCUGCUCCUUCUGGACCUGGAGAAGAACCGCGACUUCCUGCCCGACGCGCCAAACAUCUUCUUUUACCUGCCAAACGGCACAGGCGUGUCCGCGACGGACGACCCCGUGACGCACUGUUAUUACCAUGGCAACGUGCGAGGGUUUCCUCACUCCAGAGUGGCACUGAGCACCUGCCUGGGUCUCCGCGGCGUCAUCGCCAUCAACGCCACUCUGAGUUUUGAGCUGCAGCCGCAAGAGCUCCGCCCCUUCAAGCUGGACGUGGCAAGCGAAGGGGAUGAAGGAGACGGAGACCACCUGCUGUACUCUACCGGUCACGUGAAGGCGGGGGCAGUGGGGGGAUGCGGGGUCUCGGUGGGCCCAGCACUCCCUCCCCUUCAGCACAGCAGUGUGGGACGCAGCAAGCGGGACAUCCUGUCGGAGACCAAGUACAUAGAACUGGUGCUGGUUGUGGACCACCAGGAGUUCAUCAACUACCAGAAGAACAACAGGACCAUCAUCUACCGCAUGCUGGACGUGGCCAACCAGGUGGACUGGUUCUACCGUCCUCUGAACGUGCGCGUGGCGUUGAUGGGUUUGGAGAUCUGGAGCGACAGCGACAAGAUCCGCGUGGAGAAGAACCCUACCGACACACUCAACAACUUCCUAGAGUGGCGGACCAGAGAGCUGCUCCCCCGCCUCCGCCACGACAACGCCCAGCUCGUCAUGGGCAGCGCCUUAGACGGCACCACGGUGGGCAUGGCGUCGCAGUCGUCCAUGUGCUCCAGAGACCGGUCUGGAGGGGUCAACGUGGAUCACCUGGUCAGCGUUCUGGGCGUGGCCUCCACGGUGGCCCACGAGCUGGGCCACAACCUUGGCAUGAGUCACGACACGGCCGAACGCCACUGCUCCUGCCGCAACGACGCCCGGCUGGGGGGCUGCAUCAUGGAGCCCUCGACCGGGUUCAUGCCCGGGCAGCAGUUCAGCAGCUGCAGUGCGUCCGACCUGUCCGUCAGCCUGCUGCACGGGGGCGGCAUGUGCUUGUUCAACGUGCCGCAGCCAGAUCGCCUGGUGGGCGGACCCCGCUGUGGGAACCUGUACGUGGAGCGUGGCGAGGAGUGCGACUGCGGCCUGAUGCAGGAGUGCCAGGACCCCUGUUGUAACGCGUCCACCUGUCUGCUGCUUCCCGGAGCUCAGUGCUCUUCCGACGGCGUCUGCUGCCACAACUGCCAGCUGCGGGCGGCGGGUUCCGUGUGCCGGGAGCCAAUCGGAGAGUGCGACUUGCCCGAGUUCUGCACAGGCUCCUCCCCCCAUUGCCCCCCCAAUGUCUUCCUGCAGAACGGCGAGACCUGCGAGGACGACGAAUCCUUCUGUUACGGCGGCGUGUGUGCGAGCAUGCGCGCGCAGUGCCAGACGCUGUGGGGACCCGACGCCAGCAGCGCACCUGCCGUUUGUUUCUCGUCGGUCAACAAACAAGGAAGCAAGUUUGGAAACUGCGGACAGCUGGCCAACGGCUCCCACGCCCCCUGCGGGUCAGCUGACGUGCACUGCGGCAGGAUCCAGUGUCAGGGCGGGAGUGAGCGCCCCCUGCUGGGCACCAACGCCGAGAUCCUCACCACCACCGUGCGCUUCAACCACAGCGACCUGGUGUGUCGCGGCACCUUCUUCCACCUGGGAGACGACGUGUCCGACCCUGCCUUCGUGGCGGAAGGCUCCGCCUGUGGCCGCGGGAAGGCCUGUCUGGACCACAAGUGUCGGGACGCGUCCGUCUUUGGCGUGGACGAGUGCCGCCGGAAGUGCAACGGGCACGGCGUGUGCAACAGCAACAACAACUGCCACUGCCAGGAGGGCUGGGCGCCGCCCGAUUGUGCCCACGCCGGGAACGGGGGCAGCGUGGACAGCGGACCCGCGCACGCCGUCGCAGAGUCCGAUCCAGUCCGAGUCGCCCUGCUGGUCCUCUUCCUCUUCAUCCUGCCCACGGUCCUUCUCCUCCUUGCGCUACGCUUCGCCCGCACCCGUGGACUUUGGUCGCGCUUGCGAGUCCACAAGCUGUUUUCUAAAUCCACACAACACAACCGGACGCCAGCGACAGAGCGACAGAACAACGUUGACGUCGAGCAGGUGCGUCCGCUGAGAUGCCAUGGCAACACGCUGACGGACAUCUCCGAGGUUCCGCCCCUCAUCCAGGUUUAUGACAGACCUGCUCCUCCCACUAAGCCACUCCCCUCGACCCCUGUAUUAACCGCCCCGCAGCCGCUAGUGAACCGGCCAGCUGCGCCCAAUAAGCCACUCCCCCCUGACCCUGUCACACCUGGACAGGCUCCGCCCAAACCAGCACUGCCCAGAAAGCCCUCGGAGGUCCCGCCCCUCCCCCACAGAGCAGCACUUGGCGCCAACGUACUGCCUGCCCUACGCUCUUCGGCGCUAGCUAACAGCCGACGCCCUCUUCCUCCAACACGACCCUCAGUCCCGCCCAGACCGCCCCCUGCCGCCUGCGGGGGUGUACUGCCUUUCUCUCACCGGCUUGGAAUCUAUUAAAUGCGGGAGCUUUUUUAAGUUGUUUUUUUUUUAGUCCAGACGACUGGGAGCCACGCCCACUUCCUGUCCAGCGGCGGGAAAAGGAAAAAUAGGGACGUUUAGGGAUUGACGAUGUCACGUCAUGCUGCUUGACAAAAUAAAAGUCAUGUGAUUA